AUGACCAACUGGUCUCCGUUCUUAUCGGACGAAAUGGACGCUUGGAUUUCUGGACCUUGGCCGGACCAGCAGCAACAGACGCAACCACUCCCAUCACAUCCCGCUCUGCAGUCCAGCCAUCCCUCGACGCCCUCGCUGGCGCCCUUCUUACCGCCUCUCCUCAACUCCCUCACUUCCUUCCACUCUUCCCUGGGCUCGCCGAGGCCGAGUUUCGGCUUCCACUCGUCUCUGGGGCAGCCUGCACCUGCAAUCUCGCCCACACACGCACCUGCCUUUGGUCUCGCUGGCCAGUCGCCGUUUACAGCUCCAGCAUUGUCGACGUCAUCCCAACUAGCCCGCCGCCGUCGCCGUGACGGACCAUCGCUGGCCCUGUCACAACACCCCAGCACGGGCCCCUACCGCCCGACUCGCCCUACCGACAACGUCCCGACUGCAACCGCAACAACAACAACAACAACAACAGAUUCAAUAGCGACAACAUCAGCCUCUCGCUUAAACGCUAGUCAACAGCAAAGUCACCUUUCCCCUCUCUCCCAUCCCGCCGCCAAUCUUGGCCCCCAAACCCUUCACCACCCUCUCGCCCCGCCGUUCCACGACUUCCCCAACGACGACUUUCGGCAGGCCCGCCAGCGCGAACCGAACAGCGACGACGUUCUCGAGGCUCUCGCCACCGGCGACUUUUCUUCGCCUUCCUUGCCACCGUACAGCCCACAAAACCCACCACAACAUCAGCCUCAGCACGAUCCGAUCUUCAAUCACUCGGCCCAUCGACAGCGACCUCACUCUUACUAUCCGCCAGCCCAUCGAUUGCCCGAUCCCGAGACUGGACUGUUUAAGGUGGAGGACGAGGGGGACGGUGACCACGACCUGGACGACAAGAGAACCGUCGAUUCACUGCAUUCCGAGAUGCCUGCCACUAGAAAGCGCAAUCGCGCAGCAGCAGCUUCGCCCGAAGAGCAUGAGGUCGGCCCGUCUGCACCCAAGCGGCCCCGUACAGCUGUUGCGCGCAGGGCCGCUACACCUGGGCGUUCGAGGAACACUCCGCGACCUGCAGCCUCCAGAAACUAUACGCCCAUACCAGCGGCUGUUGCAAUAGAGUCAGAUGACAACGACCUCGACAGCCUCUUCGAUGGAGACGGUGACUCGGGUGGGGUUGAGCUCUACGACUUGACCAAGUCCGACGAUGGGGUGCCUAAAGACCUCUUCCAGCCCGUCAAGGACAGCAGUAUCAAGCUCUCCACGUUUGAGUGUGUCAUUUGCAUGGACGCGGCCACCAACCUCACAGUAACAUGUUGUGGCCACAUGUUCUGCGCCCAAUGCCUCCACCAGGCCAUGCAUACCGAACUUACUAAGAAGGUCUGCCCGAUGUGCCGCCAGCGCUUGGACAAGCCGACUCCGAAAUCGAAGCCUCCGGCGAAGGCCUUUUUCCACCUUGAGUUGAAGCUCAGACCCUCCAAGAAAAAUGGAAAACAACCCGCUCGUCGUUGA